AUGACUGCAAUCUUGGCCCAUGAAACCGACCCUUCACCAGAGGGCGGAGCGAACUCGUCUGCUCUCCUCAAAACUGCAGAAACCGGCAAGGCUCGAAUAUGUGCUAUCUUUGGUGGCCAGGGCCACAAUAAUCUGACUGCAUUAAGUGACCUCAGGGACUUGGUCGAGCGUCAUGGACCGAACCUCAGGACUCUGACGGAAAAUGCAUCGGCAACAUUGUCCCAGCUGUCAUCACAACCACACAAGAGCGACUUUCACCAGGAGUUAGGUUUCCAUCUCCAAGCCUGGCUCGACAAUCCAGAGUUGGCACCCUCCGAAGAUCGCCUUGCUCUUUCUCCCAUCAGCUUCCCUCUCAACACCCUACUCAGUCUGGCACAAUACUGCAUCACAUGCCAGGCUCUCGGCAAGCGUCCUGGCCAACUCAGGGAUCUGCUUCAUGCUGUGACCGGUCACUCACAAGGGCUUCUGGCAGCCGUGGUCGUUGCCAAAGCAAAUAGUUGGUCGUCCUUCUAUCAAGCCUCCGAUGAAGCUCUCCGCAUCUCCUUUUGGAUUGGUUUGGAGUCCCACUACGCUACUCCUCCUUGCGCCCUGCCUGCCGCGGCUAUUGCAGAUUGCGUCGAACAUGAAGAGGGCUAUCCGUCGUCCAUGCUGGCGGUCUCAGGUCUGAGUCAAGACCAGCUCACACUACGUUUGGAAAGGACCAACAGAGCGCUCGGCAAUGGCAACUCAGUACAUAUUGCUCUGGUAAACUCAAAGGAGAAGUUCGUUCUCGCAGGUCCACCUGGGUCGCUUCGUAGCCUGUGCGUCCAACUUCGACAGAUCAAGGCUCGCGACGGAUUGGACCAGACCAGAGUUUUGUACCGUAGGCGCAAACCGACCGUCGGCGUACAGUUCCUCCCGAUAUCCAGCCCCUAUCACAGCCCGUAUCUGAUCGAUGUGGACGCCAGCGUGCGGUCCCAUCUGCUGGAGUUGGCCCUCGCCCGCGAUGACUUCGCUAUACCAGUUUACCAUACACAUACGGCACAGAAUCUCCAGGAAUCUCAGUCAGACGACUUACUCCGCACCAUCAUUCGUACCAUAACGGUGGACACGGUCGACUGGGUCCAGGUCACGCACACUCUCAGCUCGACCGGCACCACACACGUGCUAGACUUUGGACCGGGCCAGAUUGGCAGUCUGAUAAACGAGCAAAGUGAAGGCACUGGCCUGCGAGUGAUCCAAGUGUCAGACAGGUCUGUCUCGGGUGGACCGAGCGGCCGCGACGAGUUAUUAUCUCUAACAUUGCCAUGGGCGCCUCUCAGCUGGAAGGAUCAGUUUGCCCCGAGUCUGGUUGUGGACGAGGACGGUGUGGCCCGGCUAGAGACAAGAAUGACCAAACUCUUUGGCGCCCCUCCUGUCAUGGUUGCCGGUAUGACACCCACGACCGUCGCCUGGGACUUUGUGGCCACGGUGAUCAACUCUGGCUACCAUAUCGAGCUCGCUGGCGGUGGCUACCGGGACGAACAGGGGUUCGAACAUGCCCUCCGUACCCUUGCUGCUGCCAUUUCUCCGCAACGAGGUAUCACUUGCAACCUGCUCUACGCCAAUCCCAAAACAAUUUCCUGGCAGAUAUCUGUAUUGCGCAGCUUAGCGGGUGAUGGAGUUGCCAUCAACGGUAUCACCAUUGGCGCAGGCAUACCCUCAGCAGAGGUGGUCAAAGAAUACAUCGAAUCCAUCCCAGGCUUGCGGCAUAUUUCAUUCAAGCCCGGCUCCGUUGGGGCAAUUAAGGAGGUGAUUGCUAUUUCACAGCAGUACCCAGAGUUCUGUAUCGGGUUGCAAUGGACCGGUGGUCGAGCUGGCGGCCACCACUCUUGGGAGGACUUCCACCAACCGCUCCUGGCCAUGUACGGCCAGAUAAGGAGAUCUCCUAACAUUGUCUUAAUAGUUGGCAGCGGUCUCGGCUGCGGCAAUGACACAUUGCCGCUGUUGACCGGCGAAUGGGCUCACAAGUUUGGACACCCGCCCAUGCCAGUGGAUGGCGUUCUCCUCGGCAGCCGCAUGAUGGUGGCCAAGGAAGCCCACACUUCCCCCCAAGCCAAAGAGCUAAUAAUUAGGGCGCGAGGAGUCGAGGACGGCGAGUGGCACAAGUCUUUCGACAAACCUACGGGCGGCGUGAUAACCGUCGAGUCGGAAAUGGGCCAGCCCAUUCAUGUUCUCGCCACGCGUGGGAUGAUGCUGUGGAAGGAAUUUGAUCAGAGCAUCUUUUCCAUCAAGGACAAGACCAGGCGCCUUGAGUAUCUCCGCCACCACAAGGAUGAGAUUGCGGAUCGUUUGAACCAAGACUACUUCCGCCCAUGGUUCGCUGUCGAUUGCAGUGGCAGGAGCAUUGAAUUGGGAGAUAUGACCUAUUCGAGCGUUUUACGUCGGCUGUGUCAGCUCAUGUAUGUUCACCACCAGGAUCGAUGGAUUGAUGAGUCUUAUCGGAUUCUGGUAGAAGAAUUCAUCCUUCUGGCACACGAAAGGUUUGGGCAUGAUUCGGAUGUGGGUUCUACUGAUUCUCGGCCGGAUGAUAUUGUCCAACUAUUUGAGCAGACACUGGGAACUGGUGCCUCCGAAACACUGUAUCCCGAGGACGUCUCUCUACUUCUGGCACUCUUUCGUCGCCGAGGCCAGAAGCCGGUCCCUUUUAUCCCAGUGCUCGACGAACACUUUCUCACUUGGUUCAAGAAGGACUCGCUGUGGCAGUCUGAGGACAUUGAUGCCGUCGUUGGCCAAGAUGCCGAGCGCGUCUGCGUGAUUCAAGGGCCAGUUGCCGUUCGACACUGCACCGCCUUGGAUGAGUCCGCCAAAGACAUACUCGACUCCAUUUGCCAGGCGCAUGUUUGGAUGAUGCUGGAAAGGGGAUACAAGCCCACACCCAUGAGCUUGGUUACAGAAACUACAGCACCGAUGACGCCUAACCUGCCCGCGAUUGCUGGAGUCCUGUCGACAACUCAUGGCGUGACAUAUCGGAUGGAACUGACUAAGGAUUUCAAAGAUUUGGAGACCGAGAGGCUCAUCAAGCACAUAGUCAAUGUUGCUGGGUCAUGGGCAGAAAAGUGCCUGGAAGACGACUGGAUUUUCAGGGGUACUUCUCGUUGCCAAAAUCCGAUCAAGACGGCAUUCCUCCCCGUUGCUCGUGAUACGAUUGAGAUGAGACGGGCGACUGAGGACUCAUGUUUUAACGAGAUUGUUCUCAGUCCGGGUUCUUCAACAGCGAAAAACCCACGUACCAGUCUCAAAAUUACCCACAACCGCAUCGGAGAUAUCGUCGUCACACUCAUCCUUUCUCCCUCUGUCGCCACGAAACGGGUGACCGAAGUAAAGUUCCCGCUCAAGGUUCACCAGGGGCCCAAGGGCUGCAGACUCUACGAGAAUGCUUCGACACACACCGCAACCGUAAAGUCUUUAUACCACCGGCUGUGGAUCCACGAUGUUUGCCCAGGUCCUCCUCAAGUUACGGGAUUGAGCUCCGAGUUCACCGGAAACGAAAUGAUUAUCUGUGAGCGGAAUAUCUAUGAUUACAUCAAUGUCAUCCGAAGAAGCAGCGGAGCACAGCUUCGUUCGUGGAACCCCAGUGGUCUUCUUAUUCCUCUCGACUACUGCAUCGUUGUGGCGUGGACUGCUCUCACCAAGCCCCUUCUGAUCCCAGGUUUGAACUGCAAUCUACUGCGGCUUCUUCACCGGUCGAUAUCCUUUCGUUACGCUCCAUCCGCCAGGCCGCUGCAGGUUGGGGAUACGGUACAGGCAUUUUCGCGCAUCACGGCGGUGGCCACGACGGCGACGGGAAAGCUGGUCAAAAUCUCUGCAGAUAUCCGAAGGCAAGGUGAGCGGGUGGUCACCAUCGAGACAGAAUUCUUCUUGCGUGGCGAACAAGGAGGCGCCGAGGAACAGUUCACCUCAGUGAGAGAGCCGGAGGCGGUGGUACAUGUUGACUCGCCCGUCAAGAAUGCCCUUCUGAUAAGCCGGAAAUGGUUGAUAUUUGACGAACAGCCGCCCGACCUGAUUGGACAGAGACUCAGGUUCAAACUCACCACUCACACCAUACACGACAACGAGAAUGGGAAUGCCUUGCUGCAGGUGUCCGGCGUCGUGACUCUGGCAGAGCAGAGCGACACUUCAGCCCCUAUCCAACUCGGCCGAGUGUAUUUUGAGCAAGACUCUUGCCUCGGUAAUCCAAUCAUGGAUUUUCUCCGCCGACAUGGAUCACCUCUCACUGCUCGACAACAGCUGGAGAAUCCAGGAUGGACGGGUGUCACGCCGAUUCUUGUACGUGCACCCGCCGAAAGCGCCCCUUACGCAGCUGUUUCGCAUGACACAAACCCGAUACACGUGUGCCCCUUGUUUGCUCGAUAUGCUGGUCUUCAUGGGACAGUGGUUCAUGGGAUGCACACGUCAGCGAUUGUCCGUCGAGCAGUCGAAUGGGCUAUAGGAGAUACGGACCGGACCCGGUUCAAAGGCUGGCAGGCAAGCUUCGAGGCCAUGGUACGACCAAACGACAGGUUGAGAGUCGAGAUGCAACAUGUUGCUGUGGAGGAUGGCAGGAUGAUUCUCAGUAUACAGACCUUCAACGACGAAACGGGGGAAAGGGUGCUCGCUGCCGAAGCAGAUGUUGAGCAGCCUGACACCGCAUAUGUCUUUUGCGGCCAAGGAGGUCAGGAAAAAGGCAUGGGCAUGUCACUUUACGCCACGAGGCCCGAGGCAAAAGCGCUGUGGGAUCGAGCAGAGGAUCAUCUGAGAAUGCACUACGGGUUCUCGCUCAGGCACAUCGUUCAAGACAAUCCCAAGACGCUCACCGUCUACUUUGGAGGCAGCCGUGGACGACACAUUCGAAAUAUGUAUCUCGGAAUGACCCGACGAGUUUUGACAGCUGGCGGGGACAGCAGAGAGGAGCCAAUCCUGCGCGGCCUGACAACACGGUCGAAGUCGUACACAUUCUCCCACUCGACUGGUCUUCUCAUGUCAACACAGUUCGCACAACCAGCAUUAGUUGUCAUGGAGAUGGCAGAAUAUGUACAUUUGCGGACCAGAGGCGUUGUUCAGACAGGCGCACGCUUUGCAGGACAUUCACUUGGCGAAUAUGCCGCUCUGGGGGCUUGCACGUCGUUCAUGCAGUUUGAGAGCCUGCUAUCGCUCAUAUACUACCGCGGGUUGAAGAUGCAGAAUGCCUUGCCCCGUGAUGCAGGUGACAGGACGGAUUACAGCAUGGUUGCUGUUGAUCCUUCACGGAUCAGCCUAGUCUUCGGGGAGGAUCACCUGCAAGCCCUGGUGCAAGUGAUCGCAGAGGAAACAGGCCUCUUGUUAGAGACAGUAAACUACAACAUUCGCUCCCAGCAGUAUGUCUGCGCCGGUCAUUUCCAACCGCUUUGGAUCCUCGGCAAAGCCUGCGAUGACCUCUCGACAAAACCUGAACCGGAAAGGCUUGACAUAACCACACUCAGGGGCUUGGUGCGCGGUCUUAUUCCCCGUGCUCAACUUCUCUCCAGCUCAGACGCUCUUAGACGUGGAAAGGCCACUAUCCCUCUGACGGGUAUCGACAUCCCUUUCCACUCAAGGGCACUACGGCCGCAGAUUGAUGACUAUCGGGCCUAUUUGUCGCAGAGCAUUCAUGUUGCGGACAUCAGGCCGGAGGAGUUGGUGGGCCUGUGGAUCCCGAAUGUGGUGGGUAGGCCUUUUUCGGUGGAGAGAGAGUAUAUCGAGAUGGUUCAGAGGGUUACUGGGAGUGGGGUGUUGUUGAGGUUGUUGAAGCAGAUGAAGGAAUAG